AUGCCCUAUGAAUACGGUGAAAAUGACGUUCUAACCCUCAAGGGAGCAGCAGCACAGCAAACAACACAUCCUGGUAAUAUCACGUAUUACAAACUCUGCGAACAGAAGUACCCUGAGUAUGCAAAGGAAGAAUCGAGCGUUGUCCGGCGGAAUAUUUGCAUAGAAAUUGUGAAAAAGAUUACCAACGAGCACGGAGGAGUCUUUCGCAAAUACAACGGAGCCAAGAUGGAUGCAGCAGCAGCCGUAAACAAAACAAUGGACCGAUUUCGCCAGAUCCGCAAGCCAAAGAUUGUGGCACCGAAAUCUGUUGGUGAGAACGACGUUGUAUUCAAAGUUGGUGCUGCCAAUCAUCUCUUUCCGGGCAAUGCAAAGUGGAGACUUCUGUUGGAUCAGCAUGUGCAUAGCUACUGGCCAGAGCUUUUUCCUGCCAGCAACAAUGGUCUCUCCAAUGACAGUCGUAGUGGCAAGGAUGAUGUGGAGACAGAGACAGAGAUAGAGACAGAGAUACAGCAAGAAUCCAUAGAGUCGGCUUGGAAGCGAGUAAGAGGUCAAAGGCCCUACUAUCAGGUGGAAAUUUCCCACAAGUUAAUUGAUAUCAUUGAAGACCGUGGUGGCAAGUUUCGCAAUGCGGCACUCAACGUAAUGGAAGAAAGGGAAGGUGUGUUGACCAAAAUCCAUGAGCGAUUCAAGGACAUCAAGAAGUACAUAAAGAAUGGCACCUACCAAUCCCCAGUUAUAAGCAAUAAGAAUCUCGAUCAAAAUGGCAAUGGCGGAGACAUUGCGAAUGCCGAGAGUUUUUACGUCAUCAAACGAACUGGAUGCACAUCCACUAAAGCAACCGUUAUUCAUAGUGAACACCAUGAGCACGGAAGUUCAGCAGCAGCAUGGGCGUCCAAGAAGAACAAGCGAAGAAAGAAAAAGGAAAGCGAAGAUGUAGGUGAUGCCUCUAGCGAUGAAGGCGGCAGCCAUGGCAGCUUGGACAGCAUGGAAUCCUUCGACGAUAAUACUACUUUUCCAAAACGAAGCAAGGAGCAAGCCCAAGCUCGUCGAGAACGAGCCCACCGUCGUAAAGAAGCGAUCCAGAACAGAAAGUCAGAUCAAGAAACCAAGCCCAAAGCGAAAAGGAAGAGAAAAAAGAAACCCAAUGGCCUCUUGCCACCCGAGCUACCAGAUCACGAAAUGAGCGAUUACGAAAAGUUGAGAUUUGAGAAGAUGCAGCGAAAUUAUAAUCGUAUGGUCAGCUUGGGCCUUUGCGCAGGUGCCACUGCAGAAGUGUAG